UGAUCUGUCAUGUGCGUCACACACAGACAUCGCUGCUGAUCAGGAAAUUGAACGCUUUCAUUUUGCUCUGUCUAUUCUUUCUCGAUCUCGCGGAAAUAACAACUUACAGCAACUUUUAAGUAUGGUUAAAGUUGCCUUUAACAAGGCUCUGGCCGUAAAGGAUCCAAAGAAGGAAAGUCUCAUCACUGGUGUACAGGAUGCUGAAGCAGCGGUGUUGGUGCGUCCGCAGUCUAAAUUGUGGUGCUGGUGCUUCUGUCUGGGAUUGGCUCUCGUUCUCUCAGGCAUAGUGGUGGGUGGAGCCUACCUGUACAGAUACUAUGUGCUUGAGUUGCAGGAGAAUGGCAGAGCGGAUGAAAGAAAGGAUGCAGACACUUCUUUGCAAUCGGAGGAUCAGGUGUUCGUCUGUGGGUUGAAGUACUUUGAGGAAGACUAUGAGUUUGAUGAGGAGGUGGAGGUGGAGAUUGAUUCACCGCUGAGGCUGAUUGAAGAGAAUGUGAGCUUCUUCGAAGAUGAUGAGGUGGAGCUCAUCAAAGUACCAGUCCCUGAGUUCAAAGAUGGCGAUCCAGCUGGCAUCCUGCAUGACUUCACCAUGAAACUGACUGCUUAUCUCGACCUGAAUCUGGACAAAUGCUACAUCAUCACCCUGAACACAUCUGUCGUCAUGCCGCCCAGAGAUUUCCAUGAGUUCCUGAUCAACAUUAAGGCAGGAAUGUAUCUUCCUCAGACGUACCUUAUGCGAGAAGAGAUGAUGAUUACAGAGAGGCUGGACAGCACCAGUGAUCUGGGCUAUUACAUAAACAACCUGUGCAAAGACAAAGACACGUUCAGACUGCAGCGCAGAGACACCAUUCUGGGUAUGCAGAAACGUGAGGCUCUGAACUGCCACAAGAUCCGCCAUUUUGAAAACAAGUUUGUUGUGGAGACUUUGAUCUGCGAGCCAUGAAGAACGUGAGUCUCUGACGCAGAAGAUCUUCAGCUCUUCCUUUUCUUUUGUGCCUGUCUGUUUUUUCAUAGGCCUUUUUUCCACAUAUAUUUUUUUUUAUCUAAAAUGUGAAAUUGUCUUUUCUGCACAAAAGGGUGUAUUUUGUUUGAGUGUUCAUGUGAUGUGUGUUUUAUGCUAUUUUAUGAAUAUUAGACUAAUAAAGGGACAUAUUGCACACAAGAACAAAAAGGGAUUAACCAUAGUGAAAAGAAGUCCAAUCAGUUAAAUAGAGUAGGCAUUUUAAUAAUUAAUAAUUUAUUCCCAUGAGAUUGAUAAAAAAGUAUGAUUUUUUGCAUCUUUAUAUAAACUGAGUGUUUCUGUUGUAUUUAACGUUUGCAACAUCUACUGUAUUUCAUCUUGAUAAUAUUCAAACGUUUCAGCAAAUUAGUGUAAUCUGGAUCACAAUGUUGCAGUGUCACAGUGCAUAAUGUUACAAUUUGAGGUUUUCCUGAAUUUACUUUUCAUUU